AUGUCAUUCCAAAUUCACAUCAUCGCGGACAUCAAACCCACACAAACCGGACCGGAUCCACGUCCCACCACCGAGUCCUGGGAGCAAUACAUGGCACGUUUAGGUCUCCCGUCCAACGCGAAACCGCUCGACUUUCCUGAUGAAGCGGCAAAGUACGAUACUAGUGUGACUGUUGCGGAGGACUAUGCAGCGCAUUUGAAGGAACGGAAGGAGAUGUUGAGGGAGAGGGCGGCGAGGGCUAGGGUGAGGGCUGUGAAGGAGAAGGAGGAGGAGGAGGAAAGGGAAAGGGAAAGGCUGGAGGCUGAGGAGCGCGAAGCGAGGAGGAAGAGGUAUUUUGGGAGUGAGGAGGAGGGGGAGGAGGAAGGGGAGGAGGAAGAAGUAGUUGAUGCGGAAGGUGCGAGUAAAGAGAGUGAUAAUAUUGUCGCGGAUGGGAAGGGUAUUGAGGUGUCGAAGCGGCGGAAUGUCUUUGCAACACCAUCAUCAUCACACAUCCACCAUCCCCUACCACCAUCCUUCCAUCCUCUCUUCCACCAGCCAAAACCCCAACCCACCAACUCCACCAUGUCAUCCUACUCCAUAUCCUCCUCCCCCCUAGCCACCUUCACCACAGACCUCAUCUCAAGUCUCGCCCUCCUCACCAACAGCGCCCUCGACGGUGUCGUCGCCGCAUUGAUCACCCAUCACACACACCGCGCCGACACAGAACUACAAGAACUACAAGAACUUAACAGAACCAUCUCUUCACUCCAGGCAGACAAAAUAGAACUACGCCACCAACUCCUACAAUUCCAAAUCCAAACCGGGAAAACUGUCUCUGAGCUGAGGGCGGAGAAAAUGGAGUUGAGUCAACAGGUUCAGGUUCUCCAGACGCAGGGUCAGAGUCAAGAUGGGAAGAUGGUUGAGGAGCUGAGGGAAGAGAUGCAAGGGUUACGAGGGGAGCUGAGGGAACGCGAUGUGAAGAUUAUGGGGCUGGAGGAGAAAUAUGACCGGCUUGCGACAGAACGGCGUGGAAGGGUUUGGGGUGUGGUGCGCAGCGGGCUGUGUUUGGGGAUGUAG